AUGGCUGCAGCUGUUCAGUUUUUAUGGGUUGAUCCAGGACUCCUGCUGCUGUGUAUGGUAGCCUCUGAGGUGUGGGGGACUGAGACCAAACCCAUAGAGUUUGUGUGCAGCAGAACUGCCAGGAAGGCUAUGAAUAUUGGGCCAGAGAUCGAGACUGCACUGAGUGACUGCAUCAACUCCACGAGCCUCUCCACGCUGGUUCAGUUACCCUGCACCGAGCUUCAUAUUGCAACCUGGGGGGAAAAAACAGAUCAGGAGAAGAGAGGUGACAUAGUUGCAUCGCUGAAUCUUCUUUUUGAAGGGGUCAAGAAUUUAAGAAUCCUUACAGAAGGAGAAUGUGGGACUGUGCCACUGCAGAGGCUGGAAAACAACAUCAACAACUACCUAAUGAUACUCACACAUCUUCAGCUGAGUGUAAGUAGGGUAAUCACUCUGAUGGAUUGCAUGAACUACCAGUAA